CAGGCGAGGACGGCGACCGGCAGGCGCACGCGGCGCGCGUGAACGCGCUCCUCGACUGGCUGAGGGGGGAGGUCGCGCAGGAGGAGUCGGUGCUGGUGCUGUGCCAGGCGCGGAGCACGGCCAGGGAGCUCGCGUCCAGCGCGGCCGUCGCCGGCGCCCUCGGGGAGGGCGCGGUCGCGCUGCUGGAGGACAGCCGGCCUGAGGCCGAGGGAAGCGCCUACUGGCGGUUCGUGCGGGGCGAGGUGCGCUUGUUGGUGGCCACGUUCACGCUCGGUGCGAGGGGGCUCGACUACGCUGACACGUGCGCCGAGGCCUCCACGGCGGCGGCGCCGCUCUCCCUCGCGGUGCUGCUGUUUGAUUUCCCCUUCACCAUCAAGGAGUACGCCCACUGCAUCGGCCGCACCUCGCGCCCCAGCCAGAAGGCCGGCCGCAGCGUGGCGUUCGUGCCGGAGAUGCGCUUCUGGAUAGCCCGCGAGCUGAAGUCGAUGCUGGAGCACUGCGGGCAGCCGACGCCGCAGGAGCUGGAGGACCUCAUCAACGAGGACCGGGCCUUCGUCGAGGAGUGCCGCGGGGGCAUGCUCCGCCUGCGCGAGGGCAAGGCGCCCAUCGCGGGCGGCGCCCCGCCGCCGCCGCCGCAGGACAAGGCGCCCGAGGACGCGGGCGACGAGCCCGGGGACGGCGAGAAGGGCGGCGCGGUGGCCUGCGGAGGCGACUUCGACGCCGAGCGGGGCGUCUGGA